AGCAUAGGAUGACAUGGAAUCAGAUAUUGUAUGUGAAGGUUAUCUAACAAAGGCUCCUCCUCUUGAUCAACCAAGAAGUAAAUGGUGCUACCGAUAUUUCACCUUACACAAGGCCGACCUAGUUUUAAAGUACUUCAAAGAUAAACAAGCGAGAGAAAAGAGUGCUGGAAAGAAAGGUGAGGCACUGAAGCUGGUAUAAAACUGAAAUCUGCUCAUUUCCCGUGCUUUGCUGUGGCGAGGUGGGCAAAGCUAAAGGGGAGAUUCUUCUUGCAGCUGUACAGAGAAUUAAUGAUACAUCUGAACAUGCUCUUGUUAAUCACUACAGGCAUGGAUUUGAACUAGAAACUAACAAGAGGUUGUGGAUAUUAGUCGCAGACAACCAGCACGACAUGGACAGGUGGCUAUCUUGUCUUACCAGUAUUCUGGGGGAGUCCAAACGGAGGCCUAUCGUUGCAUCGCCCACUGGUUCUCCUAAGCGCAGUAAAAGCAUGCUAAAGAAGGUCGGAAUACAAAUCAGUAAAAUGGGCCCGUCUCCAGGUUCCACCCUCAAGAAAUUCGAAUCAAUCGCUGAAGAUUCUAGCUCUUCUAGUCAUUUAAAACACAGCGACUCAUCAUACUUUAGUCAAGAUGAUCCCCUCAGGGGUGACGAUGUCUCCGCAUUUGAUGAGGAUUUGGAAGAAACGUUUGUCAGUUCCAAAUCAGUCUCUUCCCACAUGUCGAGUGUGGACAGUGCUAUAGAAAUGGGAUCAGAAAGAUCAAGUAAAAUACGUCUAACAGAUAGUCUACCCAAAGCAGAGCUGCCCCUACUGGACGAGGUGUCACAACGAGAGUGGAUGCUGCGGAUGAACCAGCGGAACUCCAGCGCAGAGAAGGUGUCCCAUCACGUGACCAAUAGUAACGACAUGUUGUUACCCAGCAGUAACUUUAUGAUGAGGACCCAGAUUAUGAGUCCUACUCUCAACCGAGAUACUGAUCCUGCUUACAACUUUGAUGUUGAGGCGGAUGAAAAGACGCCGUUAUACGACGCCGAUCACGACUACCUGUUCGAUGAGAACAACUCUGCUGAGCCAACUUAUGACAUACCGGCUCAAGACCCUGCUAUCAGUCUCAGACAGGUUGAAACAGUGACAAAAACUAUUUCCUCUCCCGAUGAAGAUCUCUACGACAUUCCAAGCAACGUUAUCAGAUCCCUGCCCGCUCAGAAGCCUAAAAUUGCACCGAAGCCUAAAAUUAUCUUGUACGACUCACUUGCUCCUGCUCCAGAGGCAGUAAGUACAGAAGAUGCUGAGGAUAUAUACGACGUUCCAAGCUUGAGGAGUACUAAACAACCCUCUGAGCCGACUGAGGUGGAUGGUAUACAGGUAGCAGAUCUGGAGCCUCUCUACGAUACUCCUCCUCCAAAAAGAGAGCCUAAUUUAUUAGGAUCCAGCCUGGAACUUAACAGCAGACGAGCUACUGGAAAUAGCGUUUUGAGCAACUCGAGCGAAACUACGAGUAACAGCAGUUACAUCAGAACAACUACCAUGUCUAUGGGCAGACACGACUCCAUAGACUCCGCCUAUCAAAUGCUGGUUAUCGACGACAAGGAGAGCGCUGGACAAGUUGUUAAAAUAGAGGAGGAAGCUAUCUACAAUAUACCACCGCCAUCUCGAGAUACGCCCCCGCCACCACGAGCAACGCCGCCCCCACUGCGAGAAACCGUGCCUCCUCCACACGCAACGCCGCUCCCACCGCGAGAGACCCCGCCUCCUCCACAAUAUGAAGAACCCCACUACAAUAUCCCGCCUGCAAGAACCACCCCUCCCAGCCCCCUCAGUUCUGUAUCAGACCCAUUAUUCCGGGUCCCAGUUUCAGAUCCCAUCGCCCGAUCCCCUCCCAAACCCUACCUUCCACCUCGCACAGACAGACCUCCUGUCCCUUCUCGAGGACAGACUCUAGGACGUCCCUCCCGCCCUCCAGUGGAGGACCCUAAACCAGCCAGACCCCAAUCUGAGACAAUGUGUAGACCCAACCGUCCUGUACCACUUCUACCCCCAGAAACCAGGGACUCUCACUUAACGGAGGUUCUUCCAGCUGAACAGUCCGGUACUGUGACCAACAAUACUCUAACCAGAGCUAAGAUGAAUCACAGGGACCAGUUUGGUCCGAGUCUGGAGAGGAAGUCAGCGCCUGAUAACGAGUAUUUAGAAGUGAGAGCCACUCCCUCACCUCCUCCUCCUAGGGAAGAGAGACCCGUACCUCCACCUCUACUUCCCAGAACACCCCCAACCAGAUCUACCGCUCAACCCCUCCUAACUCCUCCUAGAGGUACUAUUUCUGCAGGGAUCUUGUCAGCUACUACUGCUGCUGUUGGGGCACCCUUCACCCCUCCCAGGAUUCCUCAGAGAGCAGGAACUGUAGCGGGGGGACAACACCACAACCCCUUCCUAGAAGGCUACACCCCACCCAAAGAAUCAACCAUGAGCCUCUCACGACCCUCCACCUCCCCACGGGGCGGCAGCUUGUACCAUGGACCUAACAGAGGGGCUAUGACACUGCCUCCCCCCAAUAGAGGGGCCACUUUACCACCUAAACCUGGCAUCCUUACGUUGAGCAAGAAAGCGCAGGACGAAUUUGACGCCAUUCCAGACUCCCCGACUCCUACAGAGGAACUACAUCGCUCAACCAGCGACCCUAUACAGAGUAGUGCAAACACUACAAUCAUAAAGAGCGGGAACAGCAAAUAUCCUACCAUACAGAAUAAUAAUCCAGGUAUGGUUAAAGUUAAGCCGGGAUAUCAAAAUGUUACAGAAGUUAAAGGAGCCCUUCAAAGUAGAGGGGACUCAGUUCAAGGAGAGAGGCAUGGUAAACUAAACAGAAGACCAGUACCCGAGCCGGGUUACACUCCAAUGGGGACUAUGGAAGAGAGGAUGAAACGAGCCGCUGCUUCCAAUGAGAGAGAAGGUUACGAGCCGAUGAUGUCGCACGAAGCGAGGAUGGCAAAUGCUCAGAUAAACCAACAAAACUCUCGACCUCUCCCACCGCGUACUCUGGCGGUCUCAGGUCGUGACCCGGAGUAUGUAGACGCUACAGGCGCCGCCCCCUCGCCAGUUUACGUAGCCACCUCCGGAGCCGCACCUUCCCCAAUAUUCGUGGAGUCCGGACGAUUGCAAGCCCAAAUAACUGCAGAUAUAUCACAUCAACCUGAGUUUAUGAGGCUAGGUGAGAUUGAUAUGACUCUGAGUGACUUUCUGCCCAUGACUUCUGGGGAUGACUACCAGGAUGAAUAUUUAACGAUGGAAAGUUUAGGAUCUUAUCAGGGUAGAUCACAGCCUCAUGAUGAUUACCUGGCUAUGGCUCCUCCACCUGGGGACUAUCUUGAGAUGGAGGCCCGGCCUCCUGCAGAUGACUAUUUAGCGAUGGAGCCUCAUAGCGAUUAUUUAGCGAUGAAUUCCUCGGCCAGUGUCCCUGAUAAGUAUUCAAAUUUAACGUUUUCAAAUAGCUGAAACUAUAAAUAGAGAUAGGCCUCUUGAUGAGACCUCUUUUACUCGAUUGAAUGCCGGAAAUACGAGUUACUACAGAAUUCAGAAGAGCAAGCACAUGAUAGUCAAAAUUACUGGUCGAACACAGUGAUUCUACAAUCUACAAUAAGAUAAGCUUUAUGUCGACCCUCCUUUCUAAUACUGCUGACAAUAAUUAAUAAAGUAAAAUGAUAAUGAUAUGGGAUCUAUGAGUAUACUAUGACAAUAAUAAUAUCUGCACAGUAGCUAUAUGUGUAAACUGGCUUACGGAGCUGUGAGGGGUCAUAAGUGUUAACGACUCCUCGCCCAGUUGACAGUAAAUCAAAUUAUCAGUCAAGUAGCACUAAUAGCAGGUAUCUCAAUCAUGGUUAUAUUAGACAAAACAGCAAGGCCGAGAUCAGUUUUAAUUUUUAUAUUGUUUUACAGUGAUUUUAAGAUGUGAUUGUCGACAUGUUACAGCAAAUAUUAUUAUCAUUUUUACUUUCUGUGUAUCGGAAUUCAGUAUUAAAAUUUGUACAAUUACAUUCCCGGAAUUCGAUUUCUUCAUCAUUUAUACGUACUUAUAUGAAGUCUCCAAAUAUUACACUACGUGUAAUAUUUGCAGAGGUUGAAAACAAAUAUGUCGUUCCUUAUAUUAUUCGAUUAAUGAUUCAUUUUCAUUUCUGCAAUACAUAAACUGCAGUGGAUAGAUUGAAAAAACAUAAUUUUUAUGAAGUCAGCCUUAACAAUAACAUUCUGUAAUUGUAAUAUUUUGUAAAUUGAAGCUUAGAUUUAAAUUCCAGUUGUUAA